GGGAGAUUCAGACGCUCCCGAGCAACUGAAGCGGAACGCAGAACUUGGUCCGCCGCGAGCGCACGAUGGACGGUCAAGGCGACGGCGAGAACGGCAGCGCGAAUCAGGGGGAAAAUCCGCCUGUCCUCGAGUUCCCCGGAAUCGUGGUCAACCCACUGAUGGCGGAUGCGGUGUCCGACUGGUCUCCCAUGCAUGAAGCGGCGGUCCACGGGCGCCGGCUUUCUUUGGAGAACCUCAUCCAACAGGGCUGGCCUGUCAACCUCUUCACCACGGAAGGUGCGUCCCCUCUGCAUGAAGCCUGUCUCGGAGGCCAUACUUCAUGCGUCAACAUCUUACUGGAUCAUGGUGCUCAGGUGAAUGGCCUGACAGCAGAUUGGCACACCCCCUUGUAUAAUGCGUGUGUCAACGGCAGCCCCGAAUGUGUCAAUGUGCUGCUGCAGCAUGGGGCCAUCCCCGAAGCGCCAUGUGGUCUGGCAUCCCCCAUCCAUGAAGUUGCUAAGAGAGGCCACGUGGAGUGUCUGGAGGCUCUUCUAGCAUAUGGAGGCAACAUGGAUUGUAGUGUCUCGCACCUGGGUUCCCCACUCUAUUUGGCCUGUGAAAAUCUGCAGAUUGCCUGUGCCAAGAAGCUUCUGGAAUCAGGAGCCGACGUGACCCUGGGGAAAGGGCUGGAGUCUCCCCUUCAUGCAGUGGCCAGACAGGGCAACAAGGAACUGGCCAGCCUGCUCUUGGAUUUUGGCGCUAACCCUUACACCAGGAAUGCUGAUAACAAACGCCCUGUGGAGUUGGUGGCACCAAACAAUGCUCUGAUCCAGUUUCUCUUGGAGCAAGAAGGACCACCACCUCUGAUGCAGUUGUGCCGCCUUCGGAUCCGGAAGUGCUUUGGCAUCCGAGAGCAUUAUAAGAUCGCUACUCUGGGCCUUCCAGAGGAGCUGAAGCACUUUCUCCUCCACAGUUAAAAGGGUGUCCAAACACCAGGCCAACACCAACUAGUGUUGCGAUGCUUGAAGCCUUCAAAUAAAGUUGGGUUCAUGUAAUUUCCAGAGGAGCUGAAGCACUUUUUCCUCCAUGUUUAAAAGGGUGGCCAAACCCCAGGCAAACACCAGCGAGUGUUUUGUUCAUUGACAUUUUCAAAUAAAGUUGAGUUCACGCAA